AUGUCAGACGACGAAGGUUUUGAUAUCGCAGGCUCUCUUGCACUUGCUGCAAAGAACGAUGCCUCAGACUCUGGCUUCAGCUCCGAUUCAGGGUCAGAUUCAGACGCUUUUUCGGAUAAUGAGGAACUUCAAGACAUCAUUAGCGAUGAUGAAGACGAAGCCGAGGAUCAACUCCCGGCUAAGAAAAAGCAGAAAGUCACCAAACUCAGCGAAAAAUUAGCUAUGCCAUCGAUGGAGCUUUCCGAUGACGAGGAGCUGGGGAAAAAGGACUCGCAAGAUAUCGCAUCUUACUUUGCUGUAAACAACCCCACUGCCAAGAAGGCCAAGGCUGGAACAUUUGCCUCCUUCGGACUUUCGAAAUUUAUUUUGGGAAAUAUUGCUAGAAAAGGAUACAAACAGCCCACGCCCAUCCAAAGAAAGACUAUCCCUUUAAUUAUGGAAAAUAGAGAUGUGGUGGGUAUGGCCAGGACGGGUUCAGGUAAGACAGCUGCAUUCACAUUGCCUGUGAUUGAGAAAUUGAAGGCCCAUUAUGCCAAGGUUGGUGCUAGAGCCGUUAUUCUUUCCCCUUCCAGAGAAUUGGCGUUACAGACGUUUAAGCAGGUCAAAGAGUUCAGUAAGGGCACAGAUUUGCGUUCCGUGGUCCUCAUUGGUGGUGAUGCCAUGGAGGAACAAUUUUCUUCAAUGAUGUCAAAUCCAGAUAUCAUUGUCGCUACUCCAGGUAGAUUUUUGCAUUUGAAAGUCGAGAUGGAUCUAGACUUGAGAACUGUGGAGUACAUUGUUUUUGACGAAGCCGAUAGAUUAUUCGAGAUGGGUUUCGCUGAGCAGCUUAACGAACUUUUGGCUGCCCUCCCCCUGAAUAGACAGUCGCUUUUGUUUUCUGCCACGCUUCCGCGUUCUCUUAUUGAUUUUGCUAAGGCGGGAUUGACCAACCCCGUUUUGAUUAGACUUGAUGCAGAAACAAAAAUCUCCGAACUUUUGCAAAUGGGCUUUUUUUCUGUUAAAAAGACAGAAAGAGAGGCUGCGUUGUUGUGCAUUAUCCAAAACGUCAUCAAGAUCCCUUUGCCUUCUCCAGAAGAACUUGCCAGAAUCAAGAGGGAGAGUAAAAGAGCUGAUGAUGUCACUGACGAUGAAGAUGACAACCACGACGCUUCAAAGAAGCGCAAAAAGUUCAAGAAAGAAAGGCUUCCCCCAGCUAAUGUCUUGCCAUCCCCACACUCCACAAUUGUCUUCGUACCCACGAAGCAUCAUGUUGAAUUUGUCACACAGAUGUUGAGAGAAGCUGGAUUCCUCGUCUCGUACAUUUAUGGCUCUUUGGACCAACGUGCAAGACGUGAACAAUUGUACCGGUUUAGAAUUGGCCUCACGAAUUUAUUGGUUGUGACAGAUGUAGCUGCUCGUGGUAUCGACAUUCCUGUGUUAGCUAAUGUGAUUAAUUUCACUUUGCCAGCUUCCUCCAAAAUCUUUAUCCACAGAGUCGGUAGAACUGCGAGGGCUGGGAACAAAGGAUGGGCUUACUCUAUUGUAAGUGAGAGUGAGUUACCAUACUUGCUUGACAUCGAGUUGUUCUUGGGAAAGAAAAUUUUGCUCACCUCUAUGCACGAAAAGAAGUGUGAAUUACUCAAGGCUCAAAAAGGAGACAAUUAUGUGGAGCCAAAAAUCUCAUACACCGAUCGCAUGGUUCUUGGCGCUCUCCCUAGAGAUCAAUUGGAGCCUGUCGAGGAAAUGUACAACACUUUGAUAAAGAGCAACUACGAUUUGAAAGUGAUAAAAGAUGUUGCAGUCAAGGGAGAAAGACUUUACUACCGAACCAGGCAAGCUGCAUCAGCAGAAUCUGUCAAGAGAUCCAAGGAGCUUUUGCAAACGGGUUCUUGGGAUGAGCAGCACUUGCUUUUCGGUCCCAACAUGGAAAAAGAAAAAGACAAUUUUCUCGCCAAGCUCCAGAAUAGAAGAGUGAAAGAAACCGUUUUUGAAUUUACUAAGAAGGGAAAGGAGAAGGAAGAGGAUUCCAUGGUCACCUUGAUGAACAGGAGAAGACGCCAACUUGCGCCUAUUCAAAGAAAGGCCAAGGAGAGAAGAGAAUUAUUGGAGCAAGAGAGAUUGGCUGGCUUGAGUCAUACAGUUCAAGACGAAAUCUUGAAGGGGGAAUCAGGCGAAGUCGGGUACAAUGUGGUGGAUAUUGAGGCAGAUGACGAUGAAUUGGCCAAUGCUUUCGAAGACGGUGACAGUGUCUUGCAUCAAAAGCAAAAACAAAAGAAGAAGUCUUAUAGAGACCCGCAGUUUUUCAUCAGUCACCAUGCACCUGCCUCAGAAAUUCAAGAUCAGCAAUUCUCAGUCCCUAAUUCUUUCGCGAACGAUGCUGCUAAAGCUACUUUUGACUUGGAGAAUGACGAUAAAUUGCAAAAAAAUUCCCAAGUGAUGAAAUGGGACAAGAAAAAGGGAAAAUAUAUCAACAGUCAAUCUGUGGAGGGGAAGAAAUAUAUUAUCGGAGAGAGUGGUCAAAGAAUUCCUGCAACCUUCAAAUCCGGAAAGUUUGAUCAUUGGAAGAAGCAAAGAAAUAUUGGUGCAUUCGGCGCAGCUGUUUCUGAGGAGCAAAAUAACGAGAAGGGCAGCAGGCGUUUCAAGCAUAAGAAGGUUGAUGCUCCAAGAGCACCUGAUAAGUAUAGAGACGACUAUCACAAGCAAAAGAAGAAGGUGGACAAGGCUGUGGAAUCUGGAAGGAAAGUCAAGGGUUUCAAUAAACCUGGUCAGAGACAGGAAUUAAGGUCUACUGAGGACAUAAGAAAGUCCAGACAGUUGAUGGAGAAAAAGCAAGCGAAGAAUGGACGCGGAGGUAGAAGGAGGUAA